UCCAUUCUCGGACCGGCUGUGUUUUCGGUCCCCUGCUUUCUCUCAGCUCCCACGUUCAGUCUCACAAUAACAGCGUGUGUCAGUUGUGUCGAGUAUGCAGGCCGCGCGUGCGGGACAUUUCUUUGGAGGUUGUGCUUAAUAACGAUCUCAGCCGAGGUGUCCACGUAACUGAAAGUUCGGUGCUAAAGUUCAGUACGGGUCCGUCACAACCUACGGCAUCGCGUGAAGUCAGCAAGGUUGGAGUAAGCUUUGAGUGCCCGCUAUGGAAGUGGAAGAGGCGCCCAACCAAGUUGCUGCUGGGGGUGAUAGAACUGCUGCCUCUGCCGCCAGUAGUGAUGCCGGUGAAGCCGCCAGCGUCAUGGCAGGAGCUGCGGUUCAGCCCAGCGUCAACGUACAGCUGCAUCCUUUGGUUAUUAUGAAUGUUGCUGAACAUUGGACUCGGAUCCGAGCGCAAAAUGGAGGAAGAGCUGAACAGGUUGUUGGAGCUCUGCUAGGCAAGCAGGAAGGUAGAGCACUCGAAGUGUCAAACUCGUUUGAACUUGUAUGCGAAAAAGACAGCGAUGGUAUGGUCACUAUUAAACCUGAAUUUCUCGAAAAUCAACAAAAACAGUUUAAGCAGGUAUUUCAGGAUCUAGAACUUUUGGGCUGGUAUACAACGGGCGGGGAGCCAACACCCGCAGAUGUUCGCGUUCAUCGGCAACUAUGUGAAUUUAACGAUGGAUCCGUUUUACUAAAACUUGAUCCUUUGCUGGCAACACGUCGUUCCGGCCAACUACCUGUUUCGAUGUUUGAGUCUGUAAUUGAUAUGGUUAACCAGGAGCCAACUAUGUUAUUUGUACCACUUCCAUGCUCACUCGUUACGGAAGAGGCGGAACGAAUUGGGCUAGAUAAUAUGGCCCGGGUAUCGAUAGCGGAGAGUGGUGAGGGUUCGCUGGCCUCACAACAUCUUCGGACACAACACAGUGCUAUAAAGAUGCUCUACGAACGUGUAAAGAUAAUUCAGGCGUACGUCAAAGCAGUAGAGCGAAGGGAACUGGUGCCUAAUUGGGUGAUCCUCCGCGAAGUCUUCAAUCUUUGUCGGCAGUUACCGGUUGUUGAAAGCCCGCACUUCCGGGAAGAGUAUUUCAACCAAUGUAACGAUGUCGCGCUUCAGACGUUCCUUGGAACGCUAACAAAAUGCUGCGACACAAUUAAUGUUUACCUGAAUAGAUUCAACGUACUGUAUGAACGGCAAAGUGGAAGUAGACGUAGCAAAAGAAUGUACUUCUAAACGAGGGGAUGAAGGGCACGACUGAAGAAUAAUGCUAAAGAAAAUUGAGUGAGUCGAGGUGAAGAAUUGUGAAGAAAGGGGCAUGCAAGUUAAGGGAGAAAUGUUAUAUUUAUAUAUUAUAAUAGCUUUAUGUGAUGUAGGCGGUCCCGUUAUAGAUAUGCUGUACAAUAUUCGUCGCGCGACUAUUAGAGCGAUUAUUACUUCAUGCAGCAUGGAACCAAGAUAAUUUUUUUUCCAUUAUUUCUACGAGCGAGGCCAAUGUUGAUAAAUAAACGAUAACAUUAUAUUAAUUUUACAUGGAA